UGAAGGUUUGGGCAUUUGUCCAUUUCCCAUCUGAUCAAAGAAUUGAGAGGUGAAGGACCAAGCGAGUGAGAGAGAAAUGGAGGGAAGGGGAAUUAUGAGUCCCAAAAGAUCCCGAUUUUCUCCGAAAAUGACCAAAAAGGGUACUCCACAGCCAGCAAAACCAGCCAAGAACAAACAUCCCAGAAAUGUUACUGGAUCCAAAAUAGAAGUCACUCCAAUUCCAAACCCAACGCCACCAAGGGCAGCCACAAAUCCUAGUCCAAACCACAGCAAAACUCAGUCCAGAUCGGAACCAUCGUCCCCGAUUCCACCUCCAACUCCAACUCCGACGACAAGAAGUCAACCCACCACCCCUUCUUCUUCAAAUACCAAUGUUGUAAGACAAGGUGGACUCUCCUUUGAUAACCCUUCUGUUUCAAAAUCCUUUCAUUCUCCAAAAGAUUAUCACAAAAGUUCUCCGGGCUCUUGGUUGGGUCUUCAGAAAGAUGUCAACACUAGUCCUGAUCCUUCUUCCCCUGCUUCUUCUCAUACUGCUUCUGAUCUUAGUGAUCGCUUGUUACAACGCCUUUCUUUUGACGGUAAAGAUGUUGCGGACAUCCUUCAAGGAAAGUCAAUAUAUGAUAUAAUGGGCUCAAAUAAAAAGGAAGAAACAUCUCAAAGCAUUGAUGGUUUGAGAGUACUUCAAAUUUACAAGGAAAUUGCAUCUCAUCGCCAAGAAAACUUAUUCGUUGAACCUUACUUCAGAAAGCUCAAUGCAUUAUGGGAUGAACUCUCAUUCUAUAUUACUGAUUUGGCUCAAUGUUCCAGCGGCGGUGCAAUUCAAAAUGUUAGUGAGCUUACGGAGAGACAAAAGGUUGUGCAAUUUCUUGUGGGAUUAAAUGAUUCUUAUGCCACAAUUUGCGGCCAAAUCCUUGUUAAGAGGCCAUUUCCGACGGUGGAGGAAGCCUAUUCUGAAAUAAUUGGAGAAGAAAAACGUAGGGAAUUGGUUGCUGCAUUAGAAACUGUGGCUGCAAAAGUAAUCCAAAGCAAUUGGCUUCUUAAAAAUCAAAAUAGUCGAUCCAAUAAUAAUCGUGGUAUUGAUCAAGAAGUUGAUAAUGCUAACCUUGGAUCUCCUAUGUGAAGUUGAAGAUUUUCAGCUCAAUGAAAAUUCAGGGUAAACUAGUCCAAACUAUUGAUCAUCAUGGUGAGACUUCACGAGGAAAAUGUGUUACCUCUACAAUGGUCGAGUCAGAUAAUGUAUUUUACUUCUUCAUUAUGUGUGGCUUGUUUCAAGUGAAUAAGAGUAUUAAUGUGACUCAUUUAUUCGAGCCCUUCUUGUAGAAUUGGUAAAAUAAGUUUAAAAAAUUAGUCUAUAAUCUAGAUUUAUUAUUUUUGUAAAAAUAAUAAAAAAGAAGCUCAUCUCACUUGA